UAUCGGGUAAAAAUGGCAGUGGCUUAAUAGAAGUUGAUGUUGGGGUGAUUCUUGAUGCGGAUGAUCAUAUGGUUGGAAAGGUUAGCCAGACUUGUAUAUCUAUGGCCCUUGAAGAUUUCUAUGCAUUAAAUCAAAAUCAUGGAACAAGAAGAAUGAUUGUACUUCACAAAAGGGAUUCCAAGGGUGAUGUUGUGGAGACAGCAUCUGCCGCCAUAGACUUGCUGAAAAAUGUCCAAGUACAGGCAAUACUAGGUCCACAAACAUCCUCAGAAGCAGAAUUUGUGAUUAACAUUGGGAACAAAAUGCAAGUUCCCAUCAUUAAUUUCUCAAGCGAUGAGUCCUUCUCUCUAACCCGCGGAAAACCCGUACUUCAUUCGAGGGGCACAGAGUAGCUCUUCUCAGGUCGAAUCCAUUACUUCUAUAGUUCAGGCCUUCGGUUGGAGGGAGGUAGUGUUGAUUUAUGAAGACACCAACUAUGGGAGGGGCUUAGAGCCCUUUUUAACUGAUUCUUUCCAGGGAUCAGUACUCAAGUCAGGCAUCAGAGUGUUUUUGUCUCUUUCAGCUAUAGAUGAUCAUAUCCUUCAAGAACUCUACAAGCUCAUGACAAUGCAAACCAGGGUUUUCGUGGUGCAUAUGUUACCAUUUCUUGCUUCUCGUUUUUUCACAAAAGUGAAACAAGCUGAAAUGACGAACACGGGAUAUGCCUGGAUCAUUACAGAUGGGCUUACAUUUCUCUUGGAUUAUAUGGAUCUUAUAGUUAUAAAUUCUACGCAAGGGGUGAUAGGUGUGAAACCUUAUGUUCCAAAGUUUAGUCAGCUUGAAAACUUCAAAGUGAGAUGGAGAAAGAGAUUUCGUCAAGAAAAUCUAGACGUGGAUAGAUUUGAAAUGAAUGCGUUUAGGCUAUGGGCAUAUGAUAGCGUCACAGCGUUAGCAAUGGCCAUAGGGAGAUCUGGUAUUGGUGUAUCAAAGUUCAAGAAACUUGUUGCUAAAGAGAACUAAACAGAUUUAGCAGCAAUUGGAAUCUUAGAAAUGGGACCAAGGCUCCUUCAAUCACUCCAGAACAUUGAAUUCAAUAGGUUGAGUGGUAAAUUUCAUCUAUUUAUUGGACAGUUACAACCCUCAUCCUUUCAAAUAGUCAAUGUAAUUGAGAAAGGGGACAGGAAAAUUGGAUUUUGGACUCGAAAAUAUGGCAUAUCAAAACAUCUGAGCUUGCCAAGUAGUAAGAGUUACUCGACCAACAAAGAUGAUCUUGCAGCUAUCAUAUGGCUUGGUGAAUCAAAUGUUGUGCCUAAAGGUUGGGAGAUGCCGAUCGAUGAAGCAAAGUUGAGGGUUGGGGUUCCUGUCAAAAAUGGCUUUAGUGAAUUUGUCCCAAUGGAAAGGAAUUCUCAAACGAAUGCUAUGAUUGCCACUGGUUUCUGCAUAGAUGUGUUCAAAGAAGUCAUGGACCAUUAUUUGCCAUAUGCUGUCCCCUACAAGUUUCUUCCCUUUGAAACUCCUGAUGGUGAAUGCGUUGGAAGUUACAAUGAUUUUGUGUAUCGGGUCUUUCUUGGGAAUUAUGAUGUUAUUGUAGGUGAUAGAACCUUUCUAUCAAACAGAUCUUGGUUUGUUGAUUUUACAUUGCCAUACAUGGGGUCCAGUGUGGCAAUGGUCGUUCCAUUCGAAGAUGACAGGAAGAAUUCAUGGAUUUUCAUGAAACCCCUAAAAAUGGAUUUGCGAGUAACAACAGUGCUUUUCUUCAUCUUGACUGCCCGGUUCAUUCUUUGUAUCGAUUUUGGAUCAUACAUAACCCAGUUCGCAGUUGAUAAGGCUAAAUUCGGCUGCCUUUUUUGCAGUGGUUAA